CCGAGCUGAACCGCUGUAUCCGAGGUUCGAGAUCCGAUAUCAGUCGUACUUUGUCACCCGAUUGGUCACCGCGUCCACUUGUAGCCCGCUCUGCUGAAAUCGAAUCGAAUCGAAUCGAAUCGGAUCGACUGGUUGUUUGGACCUGGAGUUGGUCUUGGAGUUGGUCUUGGAGUCCGGUGCGGAUGAGGAAGGGGACCAGGUGGUGGAGGAGGAAGGAGCUGCCGCGGCAUUCGGGCCCGCGCUCUAGGCAUCCGCCAAUUAUCGAUUGCUUUCCGGCGCUUUCUUCGCUCGACGACGCUCGGCGACCAUGUAAAGGUCACAGGUCAAGAACGGAAAUUAAAGCACCAAAAAAGAAUCCGGAGGUAAACCCGUUUUACAACCUGCCAAUUGCCAAUUGUCUUUCGCUUUUGUCGGCUGGUUCAUUUUUGGUCGAUCCGCGGCAAUGCCAGGUGUUUUUUGGAAAUUGGCAUCCGAGCCAUAAAGAUCACACGAGAAUGCUUCCAUUACAUCGAAAAUGAUGAUAAUAUGAUGUUCGCCUUGCGGUUACUAGCCAGGCCGAUUGGCCCUGACUUCGCAGUAGCACUUGGUCCUGGGCAGCCAGUACAGAAUGUGACCGCUGUGAGGGGGCUAAACCGCCGGAAAUGCUGAAGCACGCCUCGACGACGAGCAGUACCGCUGCAGCCGGCACCGCCGCUGCCGGGGCGAUAAACCCACUGUCCACUUUGCUCGGCGGCCAGCUGCUGCGCACCGCUGCCUCCAGCAGCAGCAACAUCAACUGCAAUGGAAACGGCAAUUGCAACAUCAACAGCAACAGCAAUAGCAACAGCAGCAACAACCACACUGGAAGCGGCGGCAGUGGUCACAACACACCCCCGGUUCUGCUGGUAGAAGCGGAAGGGGGCACUAUAGCAGCCAGCAGUGGCGCUGCUACCACCAGUGGUGGCUCUCACUCGCACUCGCCGACGCCAGCAGCAGCUGCCGUGGCAAGUACCGCGCGCAACAUCCACCUGCGACCGCCGCAGCCACUGAACAUAUCCGCCCUGAAUGCCUCCGCCUGCAGCACACUGCUCACCGAGGGUGCAUCUGGGGGAGGAGGGGGAGGAGGCAGGGGCUGCGUGGGCAACUCCUCCACCCUGCUGAAUAUCACCACGCCCAGCACGCCGCUCAAGCCACUCACCCCGCUCACACCGGUCACCCAGCUGACCCCCAACGGGCACUUCCUGGGCAACGGCAGUGUGCACCACCACACCUACACCAACCAACACAUCCUGGCCAGCAGCAGUGGUCACCAACAGCAGCAGCAGCAACCACAGCAGCUGCAGCAGGCCCACACACCUGCGCAGACGCACAACCUCAGCCAAGUGACUCACAACUACAGGAACUACAGCCAGCUGACCCCCAAUCCCGUGCGCCGCAAGCUGCCCAAGGCGGGUCCUUCGCCGAGCGAGGCCCUGACCAGCCUGGGACUGCUCUGCCUGAUUUCCCUGCUCCUGGCGCUGCUCUCGCUGAUCUUCCUACUGCGGAUCUUGCCGAACGGACGUGAGGACGCAGUGGGCCGAGGUGCCGGAGGCGAUGAUUUCAUCGUCGUGUACGACGUCACCCUGGCGCUGGGCGCGCUCUCUCUGUCGCUGAACCUGUGCUGCCUCCUGGUCUGCGCCAUUCAGUUCCUGUUCGCCGUGAAGCUGCGCGAGCCAUCCUUCGAGGGACGGGAGAACCAGUACCUAUCCAAGUCGAGUGCCAGCCGCACGUGCGCCGUCAGCGGCUUCUUCAUCUCCAUACCAGUUUUCCUCACCGGCCUGAUCCUGUACACCUUCAGUCACUUCCACUCCACUCCGGCGAUCGUGACCAGCCUGCUAAUCGGCGUUGGCAUCGUCUUCUGCGGUGGCGCCAUGGUGCACAACGUGUUUGUGUGGCAGCGCGAGAAGACCAUCAGCUAUCGCGGCGCUCCGCCGGGAUUGUCGAACAACCUGUCGGUGAUCUCGGCCGGCCAACUGCCAAUGCCUCUUCCCCUGCCCCUGCCUCCGGGUCCCUACCACUCCUACCAGGGGGGUGGCCACCAGGCUAGCCAUCAGGGUCACCAAGUACCGCCCUCCGUGACGGCGGUCUCGCCCAACCACUCGCACGGCAGUUUCAACCCGUUGCUCCUCGGCGGCGGCGGCGGAGGAGGUGUCUGCUGCGGGGGCGGUGGAGGAGCAAUGGGGGCCGUCAACUCGUCCUUCCUGGUGCGUCCUGCCACGGCAACGCCUCCGACACCCACGCCGCGGGCACUGGCGAACAGCAGCUGCUUGGCGGGAGGCCGUGAGGCCAGCGGGUCGGUCAGUCCCGGCAUCCCACCCACGCUGGACAUGAGCAACAUCACCGUCCUCCUGCACGAGCUCUCCACCCUGGUCUAGACCCUGACACUAGACCUACGAAGUAGGCUGGAGCUUAGACUUUACACAGACGACCUCCACCGCAGUCCUCAUCUUGCCGAAUCCUAAUUGUAAGCAGGCCCAUUGUAAAUAUCUGUACAUACGCAUCCGAACUUCAUAUCGAAUUACAUAUCUCUGUAAGUUAAGCGAAUUUGCAACUGCAUUGCCAUUCAAUUCAAUUAAAUUUACCGGCUGGCGGCAAAAUGUAAUACUACA